GAACCACGGCACAUUAUUUGAAGGAGGGAACCUGUUGAAGCCUCCCUCCUCAUCUUUGCCAUUAAUGUCACUUCAUUUGUUACACUGAGCUGGAGCGGUGAAGAAGACCCCGGGUAAGACAGGCGGACUUUCAUUCAAGGAGCCAAGCUGCUGCUGUGGGUCCUUCUGGCUGGCUAGCUUUAGUGGGGAAGGUGCAGGAUGUCCAACAACAUGGCCAAGAUUGCAGAUGCCAGGAAGACAGUGGAACAACUGAAACUGGAAGUGAACAUAGAGAGGAUGAUGGUGUCAAAAGCAGCAGCUGACCUAAUGGCCUACUGUGAAACUCACGCCAAAGAGGACCCACUGGUGACACCCGUACCGUCUUCUGAGAACCCGUUUCGAGAGAAGAAACUAUUCUGUGAAAUACUAUAGCUUCAAAACUGAUGUUUGUGAAUUAGUAUUUUUAGUGAUUUUAAUGUGUGAAUUCAGUGUCAGUUUGAAUGACAGAAAUAACAAGUAACACUUUUGUAUCACCUUCAGUUUUGAAAAAAAAAGUAGCUGGUUUGUGUCUAACCUUUCCUGAGGAAGUACCAUCUUUGAACCUGA